GAAACAGGACAUUGAGUGGAGGUGCUCCAGGACCAGCCCCUCCGGAGUCUUCAUAACAUGAGAGAUCAGAGAAACUGAGUGCAGUGUGUCGGUGCCAUCUGAUAUCUGACGAAAUAGUUGCUGUUGCUAUGCAACGAGUCAACAGACAGGGGGGGGUAGGCAGGCGCAGACAUGUCGUCCAAUUACUCAGCAAAUCAGUAUGAGAGUUCCUUCAGGACACACAGACACAACAACUGGUGUGAGAGGAAACCCUUCAAACAGAGACCCCAAGCAAGGACUGGUCACACCAUUGUAAUUGCCAAUGACAGAGGACACCUGCUCCCCGGAGCAGUUAAGAGAGGCAGUGCAUGGCCAGACUUUAAGGGGACCUGGGAUCUUCCUUCUCGUAUCCCAGCCUGCCACAUCAACCCUACAGGCCGUUCUGUGGAGGGUCUCUACAGACUCAAGUCCUGGGGCAUCGACCCACAGCACACAGGAACAUCUCAGUCACACAGCUGCAGCAAGAAGUCAGAAAGGCUGCAGGAUGUGAGCAAGCAGAUUUUGGUCUUGUGUGAUUCUGUGCCAGCAGUGAAGUAUGAUCUGAACGACGUGAGGAAACAUGCCAAGUUGGACCGGAUGAACAACGUAGCGACAGUCUUUGUCUUCUUCACGGUCCUCAUCAACAUCUUCAUCACAGCCCUCGGCUUUGAGGGGCACAUUGUCAGGUCAGGAGAAUCACGUAUUAUUGCUAUACCAGAGCCUCAGCUUGUUCCUCUGCCCAAUGACAUUAACGCGACUGGUGUCAUUUAG